AUGGUACCCAUGAACUUCUUGCUUGUGGCAGUAGCAGCAGCAGGAGGGGGCUCUGGACCAGGUCAGGACCCCCCACAGCCGCGCUUCUCCUCCGCCCUGCCCACCUACCUCCCAGCCCAGUGCCAGCUGACUGGAGCAGACUCCGCCUUCUUCCUGCGAGAGGCCAAUCAGGAGGUGAUGAGGAACGGCAGCCUCUCAUCGCGUACAGAGCCGUUCUUCCUCCACCAGUUGGGGGCCGGUGUGAGGGCGCCCCACUCUCUGCCCAUAGUAAACUGCAGCUACUCAAACCUGAGCGCCGAACAGCCAAUCCCAGUGGAGCUGUUGCAGGGAGCCCCGCCUCAUCUCAGCCUUGUAACCAAUCAGGUGACACUCAACUGGAGGGUGAAAGGUCACAUCGUAAUGUCAAAAGUCGGGUCUACACGGCCGUGGAUACAGGUCCUGUUCUACCUGGUGGGGCGGCGCUGGGAUGAGCCUGAGCCCAUCCCUCUGAACCUGCUCCCAUGUGUGCGCGCUAUCGCCGUGAGAGACCCCACUGAAUCCUCCCCCUCGGCUGGCUGCCGGCUGCUGGAAAAAUCUGGUGUUUGUGUGGUGCGUCUGGAGAUCCCCCCAGCUUGGUUCACACCUCCACAAGUGAGAAGACGUCCUCCUGAAGUGGCCCUCCCCUCCCUGGACAUCUACUUCUCCAUCUUACCAGCAGAUGGCUUAGGUCCAGAAUGCCCUUCUAUUGUAAAUGAACCAUGGAAAAGCCCAAAUGUGGGUCCGCUUGGGGGGCUAGGACUGGGCCUGGGGGGACCGUGGAGCACCCUGGUGGAAGGAGGACUGCAGGACUUUCAGAAGAUUGGCUCUGUAGCGAUGUCUGUGGGCCCGGUUUCAGCUAAAGGAGACCGACUGAGACUGGAUGAGAAUGUGGAGGUUGUGAUUCCGCCCAGUCCCAUACGCCGCGGAAGGAUGGUGUCAUUUGGCGUCUACAUGAAGACAGACUCGACAGUGGAACAGUUCACCCUCAGGGUGUGGUUCCAGGCAGGCAUCAACUUCCUGGCAGUAAAGCCAAGUAACCUGGUGGCGUGGGAGAUCAAACAGGAAAUGACACCAGGAAGCUCUUCUUUAGCGGUGAUCUGUCAGAGGAAAGCCUCCUCCACAGCUGAAAGGUUGGACAGUCCAUCGUAUGAAGUGAUGCAGCUGGAGUUUGAAGUGGAUAACGUGAUAACCAUGGUAUUCACCCAGACCCUGCACUGGAACACGGAGUACCCCACAGACACCCCCGCCACAGCCAGGCAGGCGGACAAAGUCUCCCAUCUCUACAUCACCGACGUAGACAUACAGGGCAUUGUGCCACUGGCUGAGGAUACAGAGGUGGUGAACACAGCCAUCCUCACCGGGCGUCAAGUGUUCGUGCCCAUCAGACUAGUUACUGUGGAAACAGAUGGAAAGGUGCGGGACGUAGAUGGCCUGGUCACCUGCAGCUCUACAGACGUGGAUGUGGUCAAGGUGGUUCCAACCUGUGACCAAGUGCUGGUGAAUGGGAAGGAGAUGCGCGGGCGACAGUCUCUGGCAGUGAACUUCAGUUACCUGCACCUAUGGGCACAGCUGCAGCUCACAGUGUGGGUGCCCAAACUGCCUUUGCAGAUCGACGUGUCUGACACCGAGCUGAGCCAGAUCAAAGGCUGGAGAGUGCCCAUCGUCACUAACAGGAGACCCACACGAGACAGUGAAGACGACGAGGACGACGAGAAGAAGGGCAAAGGCUGCACCCUCCAGUACCAGUAUGCCUUGGUGAGGGUGCUGACCCAUUUCGUGGCAGAGCCGUCGGACCCUGGUGGAGAGAUGGUGUACAUGCUGGGCUCUGACUGGCAAGCAGACAUCACACACUUAGUCCUGGAGCAGUUGAAGGUGGAGGAUCCUCGCAUUGCCAAAUUGAUUGACGGAAGAAUCCUUGUGGGACGAGACUUGGGAAUCACCACUAUCCAGGUGCUGUCCCCACUGUCUGACUCCAUCUUGGCUGAGAAGACCAUCACAGUGUUGGACGACAAGGUGACCAUCUCUGACAUGGGAGUCCAGUUGGUGUCUUCUCUAUCUGUGAGUAUCAGCAUCAGCCCUGGAAACAGCCGGGCCAUCCAGCUCACCGCCAGUGCCACAGACCUGCUGCAUGCUCCCAAACAGGAGGCGGUGAUCAGCGCCUGGAUCCAGUACAGCGAUGGUUCAGUCACUCCACUCGAUAUCUACGAUCCCAAAGACUUCCUCCUCUCUGCUGUGUCCUUGGACGAGAGCAUCAUCUCCAUCAACAACAUGGAGCAACACUGGCCUGUAGUGGUGGCCGAGGGUGAUGGACAGGGGGCACUGGUUCGUGUCGAGAUGGUUAUCUCCGAAACGUGUCAGAAAUCCAAGAGGAAGAGCGUGCUGGCGUCUGGAAUCGGUAAUGUGUUGGUGAAGUUCGGAGCGAAGCCUGAGGACAGAGGAGGAGCAGGAAGAGGAGGAACAGAGGACAGCACAGUGGACAAUACGACCAGUGACCAGAGGAGCAGAGAUGGAGAGUGGAAGGCCAACAGUGUGGCUGCAGACAGGGAGGAGGGAGCUAUGAGGAAGUUCAGCACAACGACCAAAAGCACGGUGACGCAGCGCUCUUCUGGAGGUAAAGCUGGAGGCAGUCGUGGAGGAGGUUCUGGUCAGUCUGGGGACUCCAGUAAUCCCGCCCAGGUGGAGGUGCCCAAAGCAGGGGGCAGUGAGCUGAGCCACACCACCAGAGGCCUGUCUGACCUGGAGAUCGGCAUGUACGCUCUGCUGGGGGUCUUCUGUCUGGCAAUACUGGUCUUCCUCAUCAACUGUGUCAGCUUCGCAUUCAGGUACCGUCACAAACAGGUCCCAGUGCUGGAAGCUGGAGGCAACAUGAACCACGCCCAUGACUGGGUUUGGCUGGGCAAUGAGGCGGACAUUUUGGGGGACCAUUCCGAUCAGUGCCAGGCCGGGCUGCCAGAUGAGUGCACCACCAUCAUCGACCGGACGGAGGCCACCUAUGAGGAGAGCAAGUAUCUGCUGAACGGAGCGGAGAACACCCUGAUGAUGGGUGUGGGAGGGGGGAUGAGCACCCUCGCUGGUGGCUCCAGUGUACAUCGGGGCAUGAGUCAUAGACAGACUUUACCUCGGUCAGGCCCAGAGCCGCACCAGUGCCUUUCAGCCCUCAGCGCCAGUGGAAAAGACAGUGCAAACUCAGCCGAGCACCUCAAUAACUCCCCUCGAGCUGCUGCCGCCGCCGCGGUCGCAGCUGCUAAACGCAAACGUGUCAAGUUCACUUCUUUUGCGACAGUUCUGCCCAAUGACAACUCGGGCAGCAGUGCAGUGUACGCCAACACAACAGGCCUCAUGUCCAAUGGGAGCGAGGACGACAUCAAGUGGGUGUGCCAGGACAUGGACCUGGGUCAGUCUGAAAUCAGAACCUACAUGGAGCGGCUACAAGACAAUCUGUGA